ACUUCUUAUAAUGUUGUUGGAAGCGCAACACAGUGCAUGUUAGCUAAAAGGCCAACAGUUAAAUAAAACCCCCUUUUCAACAUUUUAGCGCCGCACUCGUCGUGGCUCCAUUAUGACGUUGGCUAUUAGCUAACGCUAGCUGACUAGCCGUUGCAGUUGGUUUUAGCUAACUUUUCAGUUUUGUUUUUCCUCCAUAUUUGCUAGCACCAGCUUGCAGAGCAUUAAGCUAACUGGAGACUCUUUAUAAGUCUCAUUUCCCACAUUUAACUGUCUCAAAUCUUAUGUAAAUACCUGUUUUGCCCUGCAAAUUUAACAUGAACGCACAGAACGCAGCUGGCGAAGAAAAGGAAGCUUCUGUGUCUAAUUCAGAGAAAUGUUAUAUCUGUCUGAGUCCCUUUGAAAAGCAAACAGUGGGCUCUCUGGAGACCUGCCUGCAUGUCUUUUGUCUUGAAUGUAUUCUUCUGUGGUCUCAGACAGCCAACACCUGCCCAGUGGACCGGAUCAGCUUUGCUGUCGUCCACCAGAGACGGUGUCCUGGAGGGGACAUUCAGAGGAAGAUCAAAGUAAAGACACAGAGAAAGGAUGCUGAUGAGGAAGAGGAGGAGAGCAGUGCAGUCAUCUGUGAGGAAUGUGGACGCAGCGACCGGAGGGACCGGAUGCUGAUGUGCAUUCGCUGUGACUCGGGGUAUCACAUGGACUGCUUGACACCAUCAUUUAACACAGGCCCUGAAGGUGACUGGACUUGUCCUGAGUGUGCUGUCAUUCCUCUUCAUACAGAGAGCUUCACGUUGGAGGAAGAAAUUAGUGAUGGAGAGCUAACAGACCUCUUAGCUGAAGUGGAUGAAACUUCUUCUCCCAGCAGUCGCUUUCGGGCUUCUACCAUAAAUCGUUCCAGCAGCUUCCCUGAAAGACGAAGGAGCGCGAGGAUCCAGAGAAGAGCCGACAGCGGUCCGAGGCCUCGACAUCAAACCACCUGGCAUGUACCAAAGUACCUGUUACGGGCAUCGAGGCCUGCAGGCUCAGCUCAGGAACCUGGGAAUCCCAGCGACAUCAGCACAGCUUCAGUCAAUUUAAAGAUGAAAAGAAGAGGGAAGCGUGCAACCUGAAAGCAGAAAGUUAAGCAUGAGCCACCCAGGUGCUCUUGUCAGAACUCACCACUAGGUGGCAGCAUUGCAUCAACAGAAUGUCUAUUAGGGGUUCUUCUUCACAAAGAUGCUGUUUCUGUUUGCUGUCAGGUUGUUUUGUUAUUUUCAAUAAAAACUAUGAGAAGACCAAAACCAGA